AUGAGGGGUUACAUAAAUCCGAACUUGGAUAGAGAAAUGAGGAAAAACUUGGAAAGUAAAAUUGAAGAUUUCAUCGCUUCCGGAAAAGAUUCGUACACAUUUCCGCCUGGAAUGUUCAACUACGAGCGUCAAUACGUCCAUUCCCUGUGCAAAAAACAAGGUCUUUUGUCUGCAAGCCACGGCGCUGGCGAAAAACGACGACUAACAGUCAGCAGGAGAUCAGAUGAUCAAUUCAAAGAAGUUCUGCCGAAGCUGAUUCCUGACGAUAAGAAGCACAUUGUGGAUGCUUUGAGAAAUUACAAGGAAAAGGGAUGGCAGAAUAACAAGAAACCGAAGCUGGAGCCGAAGUUUAGACUCGAGUUUCAUUCAAAACCGUCACUGCCCACUAGCCAAUACAACAGGCCAACUCAGAAAUUACAAGCUUUCCGGGCUGCCCUGCCGAUCGCCGAAAAGAAGCCUGAAAUCGUCAAUUCUAUCGUCAACUCAAAAGUGACAAUCAUCAUUGGAGAAACUGGCAGUGGAAAGACUACUCAAGUUCCACAGUUUAUCUUGGAAGACGCAGAGGAAAGACUAAGGCCAACGAGGAUUUACUUUUCCCAGCCUCGACGGCUGGCGACGGUAACAUGUGCGAACAGAAUUGCUGAAGAGCGAGGCUCAAUGCUCGGGAAGGAAAUUGGCUAUCAGAUAAGGCUUGAUAACAGAAUCUCGAACGACACCAACAUGAUCCUGUGUACACAUGGCGUGCUACUUCGCACACUCGUAGGGUCAAAAAAGGAAAAUAGGGAAAAGCUCAGCACGAUGGUCUCGCACGUAAUUCUCGAUGAGAUCCAUGAACGGGACAAAAAUGCUGACUUUCUUCUUAUCGAGCUGCGGGAAAUGCUUAAAACUGGCGAGCUGAAUCGCUUGGUACUGAUGUCUGCUACGAUUGAUGUGGAUUUCUUCAAGGCGUAUUUUGAAAAAGAAGGAAUUCAAGCAGAAGCAGUUUUUGUUGAGGGAAGAACUGGCCAGAUUAUUGAAAAGAGCCUGGAAGAUGUUUUGGAAGAAUUCCCGCUAAUCAUGAAGAGCGUCGAGAAUCACGUGCGAAAAAGAGCAAGAGAAGUCGAAAUCAUUGAGCAACUCGAGAUGGAAGAAAUUGAAGGCGACCCUGAGAGUACAGAAAGCUUUGAAGAAAGCCAAGAGCUUCCCUUUCCCGUUGAUCUGGCAACUAAAGAACGAGUUCCGAAUUGCCGCCGAAGAUUUGACGCGACUUUAUCAAGAAUUUCUAGCGCGCUGCAUCGAGGAGGAGCACCUCGUCUUGAGCAUGAGUUUAGAAUUUUGGACAGGAUGAUUUGUGAUCCUAAAAAUGUUGAAACUAAGCAGUCUGAAGAUCUGAAGCGUGCAAAAACUCCAAGAGGAGAAAAUUUAGUGAAUCUCGCAGCUCGAGCAGGUGCGUUAAAAUAUCUCGUCAAGUUCACAAAUGAAAGCGACGAUUUCUCCCUUCUUCGGGAAAAAGACAAGUCCGGACGCGAUGCUGUCACUUGGGUAGAAGAACUUGUCGAAAAGGACCACGACAAGUUUGAAGAAAUCAUGGACUUUUUGUACGACCAUGAUCCCGGAUUUGAAUCUGAUGAUGAUGAAGCGGAUGAUCCAAGGAAGGAGAUCUGUAAAAUCGCUGAAGGCUACGAGAAACUGUUCUCUCGUACGAUCGACAAUAUCCUUAUCAAAAUGCUCAUUUCUGAAUUGUGGCAAAAGAAAGACUUUUCAAAUACUGGUUCAAUUCUUGUCUUUCUCCCUGGCUUCAGUGAAAUUAAAUCCCUCGGGCUGGACCUGAUUGAAUAUUUUCACGAGUGCAACUUAACUCCCCUUUAUGAUGAUGAAAGUUCCGUUUCUCCUCAAAGUUCCUCCAGAAACCUUUUCUACCUUCACUCACAAAUUAACCCAAGAAAACAAGCUGAAGCAUUCAAAGUUGGAAAGAAGAAAAUUAUUUUGUCGACAAACAUUGCAGAAACAUCUGUUACAAUUCCAGAUGUUGACUUCAUUGUUGAUUGCGGAAAACAAAGAAUGAAAUCAUUCGAGCCAGGAAGUUCCGUGUCCAUGUGGCUAACAACUCUCAUCUCCAAGUCAUCGGCCCGGCAACGUGCUGGGCGAUGCGGUCGUCUUCCCGGAACUACUGGCACUUGCUUUCAUCUGUUUUCGCGAAAAACUUUCAACGAAAUUAUGCUGAAUGAACAAGCCCCCGAACUUGUCCGUAUUCCCAUUCCAGAGUUGUGCCUUUCCGCAAAGAUGCUCGGCGGUGACAUUAAAAUCGAAGAAUUCCUCGGCAGAGCUCCUGAUCCUCCUGCUCAAAACUAUUCAUAA